UGGUCCGAUUCUGGUCCGAUUCCGGUCCAACGCUGCCGUGGACCCGGUGCUCUCCCGGUGCAGCUCAGCAAUCCUCAGCCCUUCCCGAUAGACCCUGGUGUGCCGUGUUUGCGUGAGGGGUGUUAGUUGUGUGUAUUGGUUGUGUUUGUUUGACCUACAGUGAGAGCGUGGAGGUAGUGUGUUGGUCUCCUCCCGGGUCCUAUCCCGGACACAACGCAAGCCAACAACAUCCAACUGGUGUCAUCUAUCUGAGAGAGAGAGAGAGCGUGUGUCACUCUACUACAGCAAUCAAAUCUUGACCCCGUGCCCCAUCAUGCCAGGACGCCCAUUAUGGCAGGUGGCUGGGAAGCGAGAUCGGGAUCAGGAACGCGAAGCACAGCAUUGGAUCGAGACGGUGAUCGGCGAGAAGUUUCCGGCCGGCCACCUCUACGAGGACUGCCUGCGGGACGGCAUCAUCCUUUGCCGGCUCAUGAACCGCCUGUCGCCGGGCAUUGUGCCGAAAAUCAACACUUCCGGCGGCGACUACAAGAUGAUGGACAACAUUAACCAAGACCACCAAAAACUAAGAAACGAUACCCAUGUUGCCCUAGGACGUAUUUUAAGGAUUGCGGUUUGCUACAGACAUCCUGACUUCCGCGGACCGUAUCUAGGGCCGCGGCCGGCGGAAGAAAACCGUCGUGAGUUCACCGAAGAACAGCUGCGCGCCGGCGAAGGGCUGAUCGGGCUGCAGGCCGGCUCCAACAAAGGCGCUACCCAGGCCGGUCUAAACUUUGGUGCGACCAGAAAAAUUCUACUCGGCAAAUAGUCGCCGGUAACAUCGGGAUGAAGGCUUCGGAAAGAAACGCACGAGAAAACAGCGAAGAAAUCACUAAUCACCACAUGACAAAGGGGAGCUUAUCUGGACGGGAAUAUUAGAGCGAAUGGUUUUGUGGGGUGUAUUCGCUGUUAUGAACAGCCUGCUUUAUUGUUUAAUCGAAAAUUUAUGUAAAAAAAUGCGCUCGGAAGCGUUGAAGGAUUGACGAGCGAUAACUUAUUGAAAUCAAAUUAAUAAUUUAUGUGUAUUGUCUGGCCAACAACGCGCAGCGCGGUGAAAGCCGAUCUGCUGGCACAGACUCCUUCUGCCCUUUCCAACUGUGUCAGCUGAUAGUCUGUAGCGUGGCAAAAUGAAAUUUUAACUGUUCUACUAACGGACUGAGGAGUUCACAAGUUUUCCGCACCUAUGUCGCCUGUUUCCUUAGCUCUCUACAAAAAAAUCUUUCUGUGUUUUCGUCAAUAUUAUGGAAAAUAA